AUGUUCAGUUUUGGGAUUUUACUCAUUCUUUUGCCAUGUAUAGCGAUGGGAAAACACUUACAGGUCUUUCCUACCAAACUCUUUAUACCUAAACCAAUUCGUAUAUUUGUCGCUGAUCUUCCAGCUCCGUAUCAUACAGAUUCCAUCCAAAAGCCACCAAUUGUCGUUUCGAUACCUGAAAAUGCCACAUUCUAUCUUCCGGAUUCCAAAUUUCGUGUAUCUGUCUAUUGCGACCAUAUGGAAUCUCCACGGAAAAUGAUCUAUACACCAAAAGGUGAUAUACUCGUCACAGAGAUGCGUGGUAAUCAAAUAUUAAUUCUUACUCACAAUGGCACUCGAAAAUCAGUCUUCGCUGAUCAGUCAAAUGGCAUUUCACAAGCAUUCGGCAUGAUUUUCGUGAAAGGUUGGUUUUAUGUUGCUAAUGCAGGUAGUCUUCGUCGAUAUCCAUACAGAUUCAACGAUAAACGAUUGUAUGGAACUGGAGAGAUUUUAAUGACAUAUGAAAGUUCAUACCAUUGGACUCGCAAUUUAAUCGUUUCACCAAAUCAAGAUCAUUUAUAUAUUACAAUUGGUUCGGGUAGUAAUGUCGAUAUUGAAUAUCCGCCUCGAGCAUCAAUACAAAUAACAAACUUAGAUGGAUCCGAUAAUCAAACACUUGCAUGGGGUUUACGUAAUCCUGUUGGUAUUGAUUUUCAUCCAAAGACAGCCGAUUUAUAUGUAACUGUUCAAGAACGUGACCAUCUCGGUGAUGAUCUUGUCCCGGAUUAUUUUACUCGAGUACAAAAAGAUGAUUUUUACGGAUGGCCAUUCGCGUAUUUAUCUUCAAAAAAUAUCGAUCCACAUCGCCGAUUUUUAAACGGUUCAAGUGAACGGCCAGAUUUAGUCGCUCGUACACGUACACCCGAUGUUCUUUUUCAAGCUCACUCAUCCGUACUUGAUAUGAAAUUCUACCGUGGGAAACAGUUCCCAAAAUACUAUCAAAAUGGUGCAUUUGCUGCUUUUCAUGGCUCGUGGAAUCGAGAUAUAGGUGUUGGAUUCAACCUAGUUUUUAUUCCAUUCGGAAACGAUAAUCGUCCAAAAGGACACUAUGAAGAAUUUCUCCGAGGUUUUAUGGUUGAUUCCAAAGGUCCAAAAACAUUCGGCAGACCAGUUGGCUUGUUGGAAAUGCAAGAUGGAACAAAACUAUCAAGUAAUGAUCUAUCAAAAGAUCAAGAUGAAGGUUGGCUCAGUUGUGAAGAAUUAGAAACAAUUGAAAAACGUUUUAAUGAUUUGCUACAAGAGCCCAAACAGAAAAAGUCAAUUCUUAUCAAUAAAAUCCAACAGUGUCAAGAUCAACGAGCCAAAAGUUGUGAUCGAUUGGCUAUCAGUGAUGAAAAUUCCAAUAGACCAUUAAUGUGCACUCCUCGACAAUCGUCUAGGAAUAAAACAGAAGAUGAGGCGUCACAGAAAUGCUCACUAAUCUAUGAUAAUAAUACUACUCGUCCUCGUCCACAAACUCCACGCCAAAUUCAUUCUUCGUCAUCAACACGAACAGUUCUAACGGCAAAUGAUAUUUUAAAAGUCGAAUCAUCCUAUCGUAGCAUUGGCACUCAAGUAUUCGCAUGCCAUUGUCUAUGUGAUCUUUUUAUAACGACAGCCGAUCGAUUAGCAAAACUCGAAGAUUGGAUUCGUUUUCAACAUGGUCUACCGGUAUGGCUACUCAACUCAGGUACUGACCUCAAACGAACGUCACGCUUUUCAUUAAUCAUUGCUGAACACGGUUCGGGUUUUCCGAUUUGGGAAGAUACUAUCAAUGGCUUUAGUGAUGUUAAACAAGCUCGCGCCCAGCAUAUCACGUUUCGUUUAUCGGAUCAGAAGACACUUGCUGUACUUCGCUUUCAUGACUUAACAGCAUCCAAAGAUUUCUAUUCGUAUUAUAAAUCAAUUCGAUGUGACACUCGUUAUGAACAUCUCUUUUCAACGGAAGCCUUGAAUAAACAUCAUCGUAGUUCGUCAUGUGGCUCUCUCCUACGCAAGCGUCGAAAGAAUCACAAGUCAAUUAACAAAUCUUCCAUUUCGAAUCCAUGUCAAUUUCAACACAUAACCUGUUUACAAGUCAAAGAUCGUGUUCGUUUAAUAACACUUGAUCAAUGUUUGAUACCAUGUCACAAUUAUUCGAAUGAACAGAUCUAA